UGCUUGUCACUGAUGAAAACCAACAUGCCCGUGCUGCUCUUGCUAAAGACAUUAGUGGACUGGCUCCUAUUAUCGGUCAAGACGCUACGAUGGAAUACUUGUUGCCUUUGUUCUUACAACAACUAACUGACGAGUUCCCUGAUGUCCGUCUGAAUGUGAUUUCUAACUUGGAGACAAUCAACAAAGCUAUUGGUAUUGAACGUGUCUCUCAAGCAUUGCUUCCUGCUAUUGUUGAAUUGUCAGAAGACAAACAAUGGCGUAUUCGUUUAGCAAUCAUCGAAUACAUUCCUCUCUUGGCCAAGCAAUUUGGCAGCAAGUUCUUUGAAGAAAAGCUUCUUGAGUUAUGUAUGUCUUGGCUCCGUGAUCUUGUGUUUUCUAUCCGUGAAGCUGCCACUGUCAACUUGAUGAAAUUGGCUGAAGUUUUUGGUGCUGAAUGGGCCAAGGCUGCUAUCAUUCCUGAAGUGAUGAAGAUGAUUACUGAUGAAAAUUACUUACAUAGAAUGACAACUAUUUUUGCAUUGACAACUAUGGCAGAAGCAUUGCCUCCUGUGAUGGUCAAAGAAAGUAUCCUUCCUACAAUCAUUGAAAUGUCUAAAGAUCCUAUUCCCAACAUUCGUUUCAACGUUGCUAAAUCUUUGGAGACUUUGAUACCAUUAUUGAAAAAAGAUUCUAGCACAGCUGAACUUGUCACUAGUUCUGUCAAACCCACCCUUGAAAAACUCAGUACAGAUCAAGAUGUUGAUGUCAAAUUCUUUGCUACCAGAGCUUUAGAGAGCCAUGGUAAGCAGUAA